CAGGUUGGUAAAAAUGUUAUCUACCCUAACUUGGGCCAAUUUGUGGAAGGCCAAAGCUCUCGAAGGGAGAUCUCAUACUACCAGUGGGUGACAUUCUUCCUGCUGAUCGAGGCGCUAGUCAUCUACCUCCCACGGCAGAUCUGGCACCAGCUCACCCAUAGUCAGUGUCUCCCCUUCGAUUUCACCAACCUUCGACGUCGCGAAGACUGGGAGGACAAAAAGAAUUUCCUGGUUUGGCAUAUGAAACAGACGAGGGGCAACCACGAGUACUGGCUGUGGCAAUAUCUGCUGACCGAACUCUUGGCGAUUGCCCUGCUCGCUUCCUUCUUCAUUCUCACUGAUGUGUUCCUGGGAGGCGACUUCUACAACUACGGGCUGGACUGGGUCAACUUCAUGCACAAUGCAACUAACACUACCAUCUCUCCCAUGACAGCACGUUUCCCGCGUCUGACUGUGUGCAAGCUACAGUACCACAGUCGUGGAGGCACUAUCAACAGUUACUACCCACUCUGUCUCCUUCCCAUCAACUGUUUUAAUGAUAAGAUCUUCCUGUUCCUGUAUUUCUGGUACUGCAUGUUGUUUGGGCUGUCACUGCUGCGGGGGCUCUACAUGCUGGUGCUCGUCACCUGCAAACCGGCUCGGCGGUUGCGUCUCAAGUUCAGCGCUAAGCUGGUGCCCGAAGAUACUUUGGACCGGUUCAUUAAUGCUCACAAUCUCAGCGACUGGUUUGUGCUGUGCAAUCUCGCACCCACCAUGGACCCUGUACUCAUCGCUGAACUUGUCACUCAGCUCGUGUACGAGGUGCAAGGAGGAGAAAGUUCCGACUCCAAACCGUCCCGCCUCGGAAAGCAAGAAAAAUCGCUUCAGUCUGUAAAUUACAUAUGAGAUUCAGCGCCGCGCGCUUCCCCACACUCGCAUUCACACUGCCUUCCCAAUGGCCACCCCAGCUACGGAUUCCGUGCAAGUCCGAACCCGUACGGCCAGUAUCAUAACCGCUACCCACCCGUUCACGGGUACGGCACCGCCUAUUCCAACGGCCACUGCGAGGGGCUGUAAGUGUGGUUGGUUCCUGCCUGGCCUCUGUGAGGUCCUCCACCCGUCAGACCUGGGCCACGGCAGUGCACAGGGCUCGGCCCAGCCCCCUGCGUCACCUGGACGCCUGGGGCUGCAGAACCGCACGCAGGGGAAGGCGCCGCGCUACUCUCAUACCGCCGCACUACCACGUUGGGGCCCGCUGUCCACCAUACACCUGGUGUACUCUUCAAGCCCAGCCUGGGAUGGUGGGCUGCGGCGCUCCGCCAAAGUAACAGAAUAAGCAACAGUAACAGCAACAGAGCAGAACAAGAGCGUGGUCGAGCCCUGAAGUUCGCCAUGAGACCUGCCACCACAACGCAGAAGAACGGUGGACGACCUUUGCACCUGGUUCGCCCAUCGACGACUACACACCAGGGCUUUGCAACACCGGCACUCUGCGUCUCCAACAUGGGGACCUCUCGGUGAUAAAUAUCGUUGAAAUUUGAAUCUGUUUGUUAUGUUACUGGCAUGAGUUUAUCGGAAGUAUUCACACAGAGAUCUUGGUCACUGCUGCACUGGUUGCAAACUUGCAAUCAGCCAACGGCUCUUGUUAAGUCACUUUUUUUUCAUAUAGUGAAUCUAAUCUUUAAAGGACUGUUUGUGUGUAUUUUAUAAGCUCGUAGAUCUUUUGUUUUGCUUACUUGUCUAAGCUGUGUAGCUGACUGGUGAUAUUACAAGACAAUGUUUUCUGUAUAUGAAAGAGUUUUAUCAGUAUUUAAAGUAUUCUUCAGUAUUAUGAAUGAGAACAUAUACUAAGAUAAAGUAGUAUAUUAUAUAUAUAUAUAUAUAUA